AUGCUCAAUGGGUCACUGACCGGCUUCAUCUGUAAUUCAAGCCUUCUUCAGAUUCUAAAUUUGUCUCGUAACAAUUUGAGUGGUGUACUCCCCAUUUGUCAAACAAAUUUUUCCAGUCUCUUAGUGUUUGAUCUGCCUAUGAAUAACAUCCGGGGAAACAUCCCAGCUACCUUAUCAAAAAUCCGUUAUCUAGAAACUAUAAAUUUGAAUAGUAAUCAGUUGGAAGGAAGAAUUCCUUCUUCUUUUGCUGAAUUUGAAUUUUUACAAGUUCUUGAUCUUGGAAACCAUCAAAUGAAUGGUGCAUUUCCACAGUGUUUGGAAGCUCUUCCAAAUCUCCAAGUUCUUGUUCUGAAAUCAAAUAGGUUUCAUGGUGUUAAAAAAAAGAGUUCUAAGAUUGAACACCCGUUUCCUAGCUUGAGAAUCAUUGAUCUGUCGUACAAUGAGUUUUCAGGCCCACUUCCAGCAAUUUAUCUUAGAAACUUUAAAGCUAUGAUGAACGGUGAAGUGAAUAAGAUAGCGCGUAGUUACAUGGAGAGGCAGUAUUACAGUGAUUCGACAAGUCUAGUGAUUAAAGGCGUAGAUUUGGUGUUAGAAAGAAUUUUAACUAUUUUCACAACAAUUGAUAUAUCAAGCAACAAUUUUGAAGGGAAGAUUGCUGAAUAUAUAUUGGAAAUUUAG